AUGCUGAACAAGGUGGAUGUCCUUUGUCUGCUGGAAACCAUAAUCAAAGUGGAUAAAUCUGAAACAAUUUUUUGUUCUAAAUUUUCUAAUUGGAUUUUUUGUUCUAAUUAUGAUUAUGCAAUCAAUGGAAGAAUAUGGAUGCUUUGGCGGAAGGGAAUAGACAUGUCCAUCAUUCAAGUUGUUGAUCAGUGUAUUACUGCCAAAGGGAACUUUCAAGGUAAACUGGAGGAGACUACAAUAUUUUUUUUGCACUCUCAAGAAAGUUCUGACCACGAUCUCUUAGGUCAUUACCUCACUCCUGACAUAAAAGAUUUCCAAGUAUUCACUCAAGAGCUUGCUUUGCACGAUCACCCUUUUUUUGGUCCCAAUUUUACUUGGAGUAACAAACAACAAGAGCUUUUUCUUGCUAGGAAGCUUGACAGAGUCUUAGUCAAUCCUAGAUGGGACUCUGCUUUUCCUAAUUCCUUUGUUGAAUUCCUCGCUCCUGGUGUCUUUGAUCAUUGCAUGGCUGUAAUUUGGCUUUCCAAAGAUCCUCCUGCUUCUAGUUUUUUUAGUACUGUUAGACAGUCUUGGUCCCACAAUGUUCUCGGCAACCCUAUGACUGCCUUGUUCUCUAAGCUGAAAAGACUCAAAAUUUGCCUUAAGGGUUUUAACAUCGAACACUAUAGCAACCUUUCGGACCGUGUUAAAUUAAAGAGGGCUGAAUUGGAACACCAACAACUCCUAACUCUUAAAGGAGAGAAUGCCAUUGAGAAAGAACUCGAACUACAAGACCAGUUGAAAAUCCUUGAAGAGGCUGAAACUAAUCUUCUUAAGCAAAAGGCUAAAAUCCAAUGGAUGAGAGAUGGUGACAAAAACACAAAGUUUUUCCACUCGAUUGUAGCCUUUAAAAGUAAGAGGGACACUCUAAGAAUUCUAGUGGAUGACAGUGGGAAUAGACUUGAAACUUAUGACGACAUGUCUAAAGAAGUUGUUUCCUUCUUCUCUAAGCUUCUUGGUUCUUCUGACCCCAUGGUCAAGGACACCGAUCCUGCUCUUCUUAAUAACCUCCUUAAUUUUUCCAUGUCGGCUGAAGCUUCCUAUAAUCUCGUGAAGGAAGUUACUGAAGAGGAAAUAAAAAAUGCUAUCUUUUGUCAAGGCAACGAUAAAGCCCCUGGACCAGAUGGAUUCACUCCCUACUUCUUCAAAGUUUCCUGGGCUAUUGUGGGCAAUGACGUUAUGUCUGCUAUUAAAUUUUUCUUCAGCAACUAUUUUAUGCAUCCGACUUUUAACUCCACUAUUAUCGCCCUUGUCCCUAAAAUUCCCAACCCCAGAGCUGUCAAGGACUACCAGCCUAUUUCUUGCUGCUCUGUUAUCUACAAGACCAUCACUAAAAUUCUUGUCAAUAGAAUGAAUGCUUACCUUCCUCAGAUUAUUACCAUGAAUCAGACUGCUUUUAUAAGAGGAAGAAACAUUAUUGAUAAUUCACUCAUUGCUCAAGAAAUGGUCAAAGGAUAUGGCAGGAAAGUUAUUUCUCCAAGGUGCUCCAUGAAAAUCGAUCUUCAUAAGGCUUUCGAUUCCUUGCAUUGGGGCUUCAUCUUAUCAAUCCUUCGAGCCCUUCAAUUCCCUAAUAUUUUCAUUGAUUGGAUUGUAAUCUGCUUCACCCAAGCCAGGUAUUCUAUCUCCUUCAAUGGAUCUUUAACUGGUUAUUUCAAAGGAGCUAGAGGGCUCAGACAGGGGGACCCCAUCUCCCCUUAUUUGUUCGUUUUAGCCAUGAACGUCCUUUCAAAUAUGCUCAAUUUGGCUGCUGCUAAAGGCAUUUUUGCUUUCCACCCAAAGUGUAAGAAGAUUGGGCUAACUCACCUUUCCUUCGCAUACGACCUCUUGAUCUUUUGCAAAGGCAAUGUUGAUUCGGUGAUUGGUGUCCUAAGUGUUCUUGAUCACUUUUACCAAAUUUCUGGGCUUAAUCUUAACUCUUCAAAAAGUGAACUCUUUGCAGCAGGUAUUUCUUCAAGGACGUUAGAGGAUCUUAAACUCUUUACUGGUUUCAAGAUUGGGUCGUUGCCUGUCAGAUACCUCGGCAUUCCUCUCGUUACAAGGAAAUUAACUGCCAAAGACUGCGAGCCUUUACUCGGUUUUUCUGGAAAGGAGCUGAUACUUCAGCAGCCGGUGCUAGAAAAAAUUCUAGCAGGCGAUGGAUCUUUAUGGGUUGCAUGGCUAAAAUCCUAUGUCCUAAAGGAGCACGAUUUCUGGACUUUUGCAGCUGGAUCUAAUGUCAGCUGGAGCUUUUGUCGAAUUCUCAAGUUGAGAUCUAUUGCUUUCCCUAUAGUCUCGGCUGCUCAUCAGCCGAUCAAGAAAGUCUGGGAUAAGAUUCGGAUAAAACGCAUGAAGGUUUGUUGGCACAAACUUAUCUGGUAUCCUUUGCAUAUCCCAAAACACAGUUUGAUUUCAUGGAUGGCCUUAUUGAAUCGGUUACCAACCAGAGACAGGUUGCAGAAAUUGGGUUUAUGUUCUGAUUCUACAUGUGUUAACUGCUGUCAAGAUCAAGAAUCGCGAGAUCACCUCUUCUCUCACUGUCCUUUUGCUAUCGGACUUUGGAAAGCAGUUUUACAACUGAACGAUAUGACUAUUACUCCUCUUACUUGGGAAACUAUGGUAUCUUGGGCUAGCACAACUUUGAGAGGGAAGUCUCUUAUCUCCACCUUAUUGAAGAUUUCUUGGAACGCUUUUAUCUACUUCAUCUGGCAGGAAAUGAAUCAACGUAUUUUCCAGGGUCGGCAAAUAUCGAUCGAUAUUUUGCUUAAUGACAUUAUUGAAACUAUUAGUAUUAGACUUAGGGGCAAAGCUAUUAAUAGACUUGAUAGAACUAACCAAUUGUUUUGUAAUGCUUGGGGUAUAGUCUAA